UGAGUUGUGUUCGAAGUAAUGAACACCAGGGGAUUGGAUUUUUAAAUGAUCCUAGAAGACUGAAUGUUGCCUUGACACGAGCGCGUUAUGGUGUCGUAAUUUUGGGUAAUCCUAGAGUUCUAAGCAGGCAUCCUUUGUGGCACCAUCUUCUUGUACAUUAUAAAGAUAAAGAUUGUUUAGUAGAAGGUCCGCUAAAUAACUUAAAAGUCAGUAUGAUAGCAUUUCGAGGGCCUCGUAGAGCUUAUCGGAAGGAUGAUAAAUUUAGACAAGGUUUUGCACACCAAAUCGAUGCACGCGAAGCAUUUGCUAAAGCUCCUCUUGCUGAAAGUCGCCGUCGUGCUUAUGACUCAGAUUUUAUGAGAACACAUGAUCCUGUCAGUUACAUCCCUUCAGAUAUGACUUCCAUGCCAUCUUCGUCUCAGUUCAGCAUUCCCCUACUUCCAACACCUAAUGGUCCAUUUACUCAAGAUUUAUCACAAAGUAGUGUUUCUAGCAGAAAAAAUGCCAAACAACAAAUUUCUUCUUAUACCAAUUCAAUCUCAUCCCAAGGACCAUUAACACAAAACGCUUAUAGUAGCCAAGGAUCUAUGAGUCUUGCACUAUCUCAAUCUGAUCGUCUUCGUAUGAUGGAGAACUCAAACAAUUCUUUAGGUCAUGGCUCACUAAUGUCACAGGAUAGUUCAAUUGGAUAUUUAGACGAUUACAAAAGUCAAGGAGAUGACACUAUUUUAAGUCAAGACUUCGAGAUUAGGUCUCAAUCAGGAUAUCAAUCUCAAAGUUUUACACAAUAUUAAUGUAUAUACUUCACCGGGCCGGAUCUUACCAUUUUGCUUGGUGAAUCUGGGCAGUUAACGAUUAUUCUCAAUCUUGCAGGCCAGAUUCGAGCGGUUAACGGUUAUUCUUAAUCGGGCCGGUUCGGAUUCAUGAUCUGCUACAUUUAGAAAGUUUUUUUUGGCAUCCAAUUCCAAAUCUAAGAUAAGAUUCAAAUUGCCAAUUUACGUGACAAUUUUUUUCGUAAAGAAAAAAUCAAAGCAUGUUAUGUCAAAAAGAAUGAUAAAUUAGUUUUAGGAUAAAAUCACUAAGCAAAGUUACUUAAAAUUCGUAAUAAAGAUGAAAUCACAUUUUUAUCAUUAAUAUAAACAAUAUAUAUAAUCUU